AUGUAUUCGUCCACGUGCCGUGUAUUCAUCCAGCGGGCCGUGUAUUCGUCCACGUGCCGUGUAAUCGCCCACCGUGCCGUGUAUUCGUCCAACGUGCCGUGUAUUCGUCCAACGUGCCGUGUAGUAGUCCACUGUGCCGUGUAUUCGUCCACCGGCCAUUUAUUAGUCUUCCGGUCCGUGUAUUCUUCCACCGGGCCAUGUAUUAGCCUACCGGUCCGGGUAAUGAUCCACCGGGCCAUGUAUUCGUCAACCGUUCCGUGUAUUCGUCCACCGUGCCGUGUAUCCGUCCACCGUGCCGUAUAUUCGUCCAGCGUGCCGUGUAUUCGUCCACCGGGCCAUGUAUUCGUCUACCGGUCCGUGUAUUCGUCCAUGUGCCGUGUAUUCGUCCACCCUGUCGUGUAUUCGCCCACCGUUCCGUGUAUUCGUCCACCGGGCCAUGUAUUCGUCCUCAGGUUCGUGUAUUCGUCCACCUGGUCAUGUAUUCGUCCACGUGCCGUGUAUUCUUCCACCGGGCCAUGUAUUAGUCUACCGGUCCGUGUAAUGAUCCACCGGGCCAUGUAUUCGUCAACCGUUCCGUGUAUUCGUCCACCGUUCCGCGUAUUCGUCCACCGGGCCAUGUAUUCGUCCUCAGGUUCGUGUAUUCGUCCACCUGGUCAUGUAUUCGUCCACGUGCCGUGUAUUCGUCCACCGUGCCUUGUAUUCGUCCACCGGGCCAUGUAUUCGUCCUCAGGUUCGUGUAUUCGUCCACCUGGUCAUGUAUUCGUCCACGUGCCGUGUAUUCGUCCACCGUGCCUUGUAUUCGUCCACCGGGCCAUGUAUUCGUCCUCAGGUUCGUGUAUUCGUCCACCGGGCCAUGUAUUCGUCCACGUGCCGUGUAUUCGUCAACCGUGCCGUGUAUUCAUCAACACUUUAAAAAUAUAA